AUGUCAAAAUCACUAGCUCCACGCACGAUCCCGAGAAACCGCUUGGCAAGCAGCAUCCAGAAAAAGCAAGGUGAGAUUCACUCGCUUUGUCUCCCGAAUGGCGCCCGAAUAGAGUUGGGGAGGUCUAGCAUAAAAAAAAUAAGAAACUUCCUCAAGCCAAAAAGCGAACGAAUAACAGAGCAAAGAAAGAUCAAAAAGGUCGUCUAA